CUCGGUGUUGCGUUCGCCUCCUGCCCGCGGUCCUAGUGCCCCGGCAAGCAGUGCUUCGGUAUCCCGGGAAAGCGCCCAAACCUGGGAAUCUGAAGGCUAUUGCACUAUAAAGGAAAAUGUCUUUUUUUUCAAAAAUAUUACUGCAACGAGAAGUUGAAGAAUACCUUGGGAACGUGUUUAGAAAUAAGGAGCUCAUAAGUGCUUUAGGCACUCUGGAAGCAGAGAGGAAAUAUGAAUCUCUGUUAAAUCAUCUGUCUCAUCCUCCAGCUUUCACAACUGUUAGAGUUAACACUCACUUAGCUUCAGUGAAACAAGUGAAAAAUCUGCUGUUUGAAGAGAUCCACAAGCAAUUUAAAGGUCUUAGUGUGCCAGUUCUUCAGCACCCACAACUCCAGGACAUCUUACUCAUUCCUGUCAUUGGACCCAGGAAGGAUCUACAAAAGCAAUCAUCUGAAGUCAUUGUUGGAGCCCAGUGUGGGAAUUCAGUGCUACGAGGAGCGCAUGUCUUUGUUCCAGGAAUCAUAUCUGCUUCAAAAUUUAUGAAAGCUGGAGAUGUGGUCUCUGUAUACUCAGAUAUUGAAGGAAAGUGUAAAAGAGGAGCCAAAGAAUUUCUGGGAACCAAAGUUUUUAUUGGAAAUGGGAUUUCUGAAUUGAGUCGCAGUGAAAUCUUCAGUUCAAAUGGCUCACUCAAAGGAAUAGGUGUAAGAAUGACAGACCCAGUUUACCUUAGUCCUUCGUUGGACAAUGUGCUGUCCAGUUACUUGUUUUUGCAGAACUUGCCCUCUGCAGUUGUAAGCCAUGUUUUAAACCCUCAGCCAGGAGAGAGAAUUCUGGACAUGUGUGCUGCACCUGGGGGAAAAACAACCCAUCUUGCAACAUUAAUGCAUGACCAGGGUGAAGUGAUAGCCAUGGACAAGAUAGCUAACAAAGUCAAAAAAAUCAAGCAGAAUGCAGCAUUGUUGCAGUUGAAUUGUAUUAAAGCAUUUUGCUGUGAUGGAACUAAGGCACUUGCCAUUGGGAAGAAAGAAGAUGGACAAGAAGGCCCUCCAUUCUCAGCAGAGUCAUUUGAUCGAAUUCUUCUUGAUGUUCCUUGUAGUGGGAUGGGACAGAGACCAAAUAUGGCCUAUUUCUGGACUCUAAAAGAAGUGACGUCUUAUCAGCCAUUGCAACGCAAGCUUUUCAGCAUGGCAGUGAAAUUGCUGAAGCCAGGGGGCACUUUGGUGUAUAGUACAUGUACAAUUACACUGUCUGAAAAUGAGGAGCAGGUCGCCUGGGCCCUGGAAACUUUUCCCUGCCUCCAGCUUCAGUCACAGGAACCACGUAUUGGAGGAGAAGGCAUGAUGGGAGCUGGAUUAUCACUUGAUCAGCUGAAGCUGUUGCAGAGGUUUGAUCCAUCCAGUGUGACGUCACGUGGAAUGGAUAUUAACUCUUUGCAGGAUUCCAGGGAAGAAGACCUGAUCUUGCUGGCAAAUAAAGACUGUAUAGGAUUUUUUAUUGCAAAAUUUAUUAAAUUGAACAGCAAAUAGACAUUUAGCAACACAACCUGAAAAAGCACCUUUUGAGUUAACAGUUGGACCAUUCUUAACUGUUUCUUCUCAUGCAUUGUUGUCAAGCCAACAGGCUGAUGACAUGGUUGCUAUAGAAGCAGUAAAAUCUCCCAGCUGUUCUACUGGGACAGAGCCACAGAUUUGGAACAAGAAAGUCACAGUUGCAGAAGGUGUUGAUUCAUUUUUAUGUCUCCAUUAGCUUUUGUAUUUAUAGUAGGUCAGUGGCGGAAGGAAAGAUAAAUUCAGAUUACUGGUUGUUGACUUAGUGUACAGUAUUGCACAUGUAGAUUACUGCUUGUUUUCUGUUUUAACUUGUUGGUUUAAUGUGUACAGUAUUGCAUAGGAACAGAUUUUGCUGUGGGAAUUUAAAUUUUAUAAAAUGCAAAAAAAUCCAGAUUAAAUACAUAAAAAAUAUAAAGUCAAA